AUGUCCGUCAAAUUCUUAUGUGUCAUUGCUUGCACUCUCCUCUUGGUCACAUUCUUCAACACUGUUGUUUCUGCUCAAACAUGUUUGAAUAGAAACAUUUCAUACAAUGCAACUGCUUGUACUGAUUGUGAUGAUUUCUGUGGAACUUCUCUCAAGACUUCCUCAUGUUGUUCUGCUGGUCAAGUUACAAGUAAGAAAAAUUCUGACACUGUUUAUUCUAAUCUUGGUGUUUCAUCUUCAUGUCGUCAAUAUUACAAGCAACAAAUAUGUGCUGAAUGUUCACCAAGCAAUCAACAAUUCAUCAGUACUUCAAACUAUGGAAUCAAUGUCUGCAAGUCCUUCUGUGAAAAGUUGAAUACUGAAUGUGCUUCCGAUUAUGCUAAACUUGGUACCAAACAACCUGAUUGUUCCACUUAUCCAACAACUAACUGUUACAAUUCUGGUGUUAUCAAUCAAGUCAGUGCUUUGGCUAUGUUUGCUUUGGCUGUUGUUUUGGGUGUUUUCGCUCUCUAA